GACCACCCUAGCUACCCUGCACUGAUGCACAAUUCGUCCCCUGUAAUCUUCAGAAUCCAUCAGUCACAGAUCGGUGCAGCCAGGGCAGGCCGGCCUGAACCUGAAUCAUCAAAGUGCUCAGUCAAGCUGCGAGGCUGGUACUGAUGAACUGUCUGGCUAAGAGAUAUCUGGUUUCUUCUUCUUUGCUCCGUGGUUUGCUUUCUGCCAUGUUUGGGACUUGAUGUUCUGUUAGGCGUUCAUGCUAAUCUCAGCAGUUGAUUCCCACGAAGUUAAUUGCUUCCACUGGAUUCAGUUGAUUAAUUGGAACAAUUCUAAUGCAAUUUAACUUGUUGAUUGAAAAUCAGCUUGCAGAUCUGUACUGACGAGUGCUCACUUCGUUUGCACGGAGUUGCAAUCUUUUCGCAGCAGUAAGCCAAUAUCAAGACUUGCUGCCUGAGGCGUCGCCGCGCCGGCCGUGUAUAGAUCGAUGGACGCCUUCGGCGGCUGGAGUACGCCAUAUGCAGCAGAGCCAUGCCUGCCUAGCCGCCCGAGCGACGACGGCCUCCUCAGCCCCUUCCUGUGCGCAAGCCUCGACGGCCUUCGGUUCGAUCAUGGCGAUCUCGAUCUGCCCUCGUCGCACCCGAUUCCGAACCUCAUGCACUGCCACGACGGCGCGGGUCAUUCCGACGACGUACCAACAGCCUUCAUGGGCCUGUACUCGACGGACGUGCUGCCGAGCGUCGCCGUCAUCCACGGCGCAGUGGACGACGGCCUCCUUGACACGUUCGCGUACGUCCCGAACGUCGUCGCCGAGGAGCACGCGCGGGCCGCCGUGUCGAACACCGCCUUCUCCGGAUACAGCAGCACCACGGGAGGCAACGGCAACAUCUCCUCCGGCGAGUCCAACACGUACGGCGACGGCCACGAUACGGAGGUGGCGUCGCCGUGCGCCAUGUCGUGGCCAGCGCUGCCUCAGACAACGACCGUGCCUCCCUCGAAGCGGAAGCUGGACAAGUACCCCGCGAUAGCUGCAUCGGCAACAACGGCGGAGAAGGCAGCAGCUGAGCGGCGUGGUGCCAAGCGAGCCGCCGCGACGUCGUCGUCGUCGACCAGAAUCACGUUCGGGGGGCAGGAGCAAGACCACAACCACCAGGCAGCAUCAGGGGCGCCGCUCGGCGGCGGGUACGAGCCGGACGCGGAGGCGAUAGCGCAGGUGAAGGAGAUGAUCUACCGCGCGGCGGCGAUGCGGCCGGUGCACCAGCUCGUCUGCGCGGCCGCCGCCGAGCCAUCCCAGAACAAGCCGCGGCGCAAGAAUGUGCGGAUAUCGAGCGAGCCGCAGACAGUGGCGGCGCGGCUGCGGCGGGAGAGGGUCAGCCAGCGCCUGCGCGUGCUGCAGCUGCUUGUGCCCGGCGGCAGCAGGAUGGACACGGCGUCCAUGCUCGACGAGGCCGCCAGCUACCUCAAGUUCCUCAAGUCGCAGCUCAAGGCGCUGGAAACUGGAAACCCUAGCAGUGGUAGCUACCACAACGGCGGCUCGCUGCAGAAUUACACGGACAGCCUUGGUGGUACCAGUGCUAGCACUGUACUUGCCUUUGGAAGAGAUGGCGCCAUUGGUGGCUACGUAAAAUCCAACAGGAACAUGCAAUUGUAGCGUAGCACCUACGUGUAAUGAUCGAUGCGCCAUUGUGCGAGUGAUAUACGAGACAACCACUGUAGAUU